CGGUUCCGUAGCAUGGAUGUAUUUUUGCUCGUGGUUCAUACAAAAGAUGCAGAGGACCAGAUAUAAAAGCAAAGAAGCGUUAAAUCUGAUCCCAGAUACAUUCUCGGGGAUUUUUCUAUUAAUUUAAAAUAUUUGGGUUAAUGAAAUCUCCACUUUGACGAUCCUUAGAGCUAAACCGCGCAAUUCUCUUUGUUUUAUAGAUAGACAUGGAUUGUUCUUAAAGUUAUAACGAGCGUAUACAAACAUUUUGGCUACGUACAGUUGGGAAAAACGUGUUGAAAUGGUAUUAAUCGUGUUUUGUGCAGUGGAAAAACGCGUGCCAUGAUCGGUGUGCGGUGUAGCUGUGCGGUUACCCAUGGAAACCGGAGACGCCUAAUCAGAUUUAGUUAGCGUUAGCUCCGCUUAGCAUCGCCUCACAAAUCUUGCACAGCUUUUGGAGAUUUUAGUUGAAAAUGGCAAACAAAGCCAAAGGAAAGUUGUCAAGUUUAUUUGACGAGGAUGAUUUGCUUGAUUUACUGGAUGAUAAAAAACAACCAGCCAAAAUGAACUCAAAUCGCAGUUUACCCACAAAUCGAUCGUCUGCUGCUGAUAACAUAUUUAGUGUGCUCGCAGGGGAGGUAAAGGAGGACGGUGUGGACAGUGAGAACUCAGAUGUUUCCGAAGCAGAUCCUAAUGAAAUCCUGAAAAACAUGAAGGACAUCGAUGACAUGGAGGCUGAUCUGUUUGUGCUAAAGAAAAAGCCAAGUUCUGCUCCAGUAAAGUCCUCUGGUAAAGACGGACCAAAGAAGAGUGCCACUACACUAGAAAACACUGACAAACCAGGAGGAGAAGAUAAAUCCUCCACUGAUAAGAAAAAGCCAAACUCUGCACCAUCUUCUGGGAGGAACUACAAAAAUUUCACAUUUUCUGAUGGAGAAGACCAGCUUGACGAUUUACUUCCUGAAGAAACCAAGCCCAAACCCAAGGCUGUGGAAAAGUCUGUGCCAUCCUCUCCCAUCUCGCCAAUCCUCAAAAAUAAGGCUCAAGCUCCAACCAAGAAGCGCUCUGACCUCACGUUUGACGACAACGAUGAUCUCAUGGACACUCUGGGGUUUGACAGUGAUCAAAGUACGGCCAAGAAAAAAGACGCUAAGCUGAGGGAGAACAAGGAAAUGUCUGACCAACCCCAAAGAGCUCGCACCAAACUGGACGACAUCCUGCAGAGCUUGACUUCACCUCACCUCCUCGAACGUCCCCCUACAGGUGAAAAGAAGGAACACCAACAGGACAAAACAUCUACUCUCAAAGAGAAACAAGACGAAGACCUGACUUUUGGAUCGUAUCAGCCCACGCUUGUGUCCACGCCUGAGGGCCGCCAAUCCCGCAGGCAGUCAGUCAGGUUUUCUACCGAAGACGUCUCUACUUUAGACAAGAAAUCCAAGCCCUCCACCCCGACCAGGCAGCGAGCUUCAGACUGGCUCGGCCUCAAAGCGAACGGUGACCACAUACAAGACCGCAGUGACCAGAGAACAGAGCCCGAAAAGGAGUCUCCCAACCUCCCCGCGGCGGCUCCAUCAGAGAGGAAAGCGCCCCUAUCUGGCCCCGCCUCAGCUCCCGUCAAAUCUGCGGUGGAAACCCAAUCACCAUCUGAUAAUGAAGUUGUGAAAGCGGCCAAAGCGGAGGUCCCCGUGAGCCAGAAGGAAAAUGAGGACGAGGAUGACUGGCUGUCUGGAGCGCUGAGCAGGAAGAGGGCGCUAUCUGGGUCCAGGCAAGGAUCCAGAACGCAAAUCAUAACGCAGGAGGAUAAAAUGGAAGUUACAAAGAAGGCAGAUGUGGAUUUAAAUAUAAGUAAACAAGUGACUUCACACACUCCCAGGAUGAGAGAAGACUCUGCUUUAUCUGUCAGAAACUCUCCCAGCGAACCAGGCCCUGUGGCACACUCUACUCCAAUUAAAGACGACACAACAAAGCACGGGGACAAGACAAUUAAAGAACUCCAAACCGCACCAGCUCCUGUCCAACCACAGAUCACACUCUCAGCUGACAAUCUGCAGAUGCUACUACAACAACAGAUGACGCAGCCUCCUCUUUUGAGCCUGGGCGGUCACGUGUCCGCAGGUGCACAGCCCUUUGCGGAUCCUCAGUCCUGGCAGGCCCGCGUGGUUCAGCUGGAGGGACAGGUGAAGACUCUGCAGAUGGAGCGGGACCAGAGCCAACUGUUACUGGAGAAUCUUCAGCUCAGACAUAAACAGGAUAUGGAGCUGAUGGAGAAUGCACACAAGGCCCGUGUGAAGAUGCUGGAAGAGUCUGCAGCUCAGAGAGAGACUAGACUGAGGCAGGAGUGCGAGGACCUGAUGGAGAGACUGGCCGCGCUGACACGCUCCACCGAGCAGGAGCGCUCCGAGCUGCAGGCACAGUACCAGCGCAAACUGUCCCAGGCGCAGCAAGAGAGAGACCGCGAGGUGGAGAGGCUCAGAGAACUGCAGAGGAAAUCAAUCCUAGAAAUGAAAAAGGACCACGAGGAUCAGAUUCAUCGCCUGAAGAAAUUAAAGGAUGAAGAGAUUGACGCAGUGACGAGCGCGACUUCUCAGACCAGGUCCCUGAGUGUGGUGAUCGAGCAGAUGGAGCAGUUCUCGUCUCGUCUGGGGGAGCUCUCGUGUCGAGUGGAGAGCUCUCAUGAGAACACGGCUCAGGGGCUGGAGCAGGGGGCACGGCACAGGGACGAGCAGCUAAGAAUUCUGCAGGACCGCCUGGCUCAGCAGCAGAAAGCCAUGUCUGAGGAGAAGGCUUACCUCAAAGAAAUCAUUUCCAGGAUGGACACUCAGAUCAGUGAACAGCAGAGGCAGCUCGAGAAGGAGCGCUGGAGAGUGACAUCGGAGCAGGCAAAAGCCGAGUCGACACAAAGGGCCCUUGAAGAUGAGCGGCGUUCCCUCAGCAUGCAGAUGAACAUGGAGAGAGAGGAGCUGGAGAGAGCCAAGAGUGCGCUGCUGGAGGAGCAGAAGUCGGUGAUGCAGCACUGUGCCGAGGAGCGGAGGAGACUGGCAGCAGAGUGGGCCAGUUUCCACGCUCAGGAGAAGCAGAGACAUGACAGGGCCCAGAGGGAAGUGAGCAGUCUGCUGGAGAGGAGGGAGGGCUCCAUCAUCAGUAUGGCACAGGAGCAAGCUGACCUGAAGCUCCGCACCGCUGAGCUAAAACAAAAGGAGCUCGCCGUGGCCCAGGAGAGAGAGAAUCUGGACAGACUGAGAGAGGAGCUGGAGAGAGAGAAGGAACGGAUUAGCACCACAGCUCUGAGACUCAAGACAAGAGCCCAGGAGGUGGAAGCUUUCAGCAAGCUGGCUGCUGACAAAUUUGAAGAAGGGGAGCAGGCGCUGCACCAAGCCAAAGUGGUGGAGGCCGAGCACGAGGCGAGACUGCGAAAUAUCCACUCUCAAACAGAGAAACUGAGACAACAGGAACAGAGGAUCCUCCAGGAAAGAAUGUACCUAACCAAUUUACAAAAGGAGCAGCCAAGACCAGCCAUCCCCACCUACCCCUCCAUGCCUCCAGUUCUCGCUCCAGUGCCACCAGACUUAAUGCCAGUAGUGCCAAGCUCAAAACUGGCACCAACCUUAAAUAUUUUGCCAAACACAUUUGCCAACUCCCAGUCAAUGGCGCUACAGGCGAGUUUGGCUCUGUGGAAGUACACUGCUGAAAAAGAUCGUGAAUACCUUGAAGAUGAGAAGGCUUUUCUAGAGAAUUUGAAGAAGAAAUCGUACAAUUCAAACUUAACAGAUUGAUAGUUGUUUUUAUUUUUAAAUUGUUUUUGUAAGUCAUGUUUAAACUUUUGUACAAAAAAAUAAAGUGUUAUUUAUGAUU